AUGAAGUUCGGCGCCGUCGUCGAGGUGCUGAAGGCGCUCGGGUGGCCCCACGCCCACGACAGGGAUGUCCGCGGGAUGUCCGCGGCCUGCUCCUCACCUCCCUCGACCUCGCCGGCUGCGGCUUCCUCACCAGGGCAGACCUCGAGUGGCUGGACGGCUGGCGACCCGGAGGCCUGGGAGGAGCUGCGGGCCCUGCUGCUGAGCAAGUACGGCCACCUGCUGCGCGCGUGGCGCAUGGUCCUGGACAAGGACAGCUCCAACAAGCUGUCCUGGACAGAGUUCCGCGACGCCUGCAAGCAGAUCGGCUUCGCUGGGAACACCGCGGGGGCGUGGCGCCACCUCGACGACGACAUGUCUGGCUACAUCAGCAUGCGCGAGUACGACAGAGAGGGCGCGGAGCUGCUGCAGUCGUUCAAGCACUGGGCGGAGUCUUGCUUCGGGUCCGUGACCCUCUGCUUCAAGGCCCUCGACGAAGACAGGAGCGGGUCCGUCACUCUGACGGAACUCAAGCGGGCCUGCCACAGGAUGAAUUGGAAGGGUGACGUGCGGCUCCUCUUCCAGUGCCUCGACGCGGACCAGGAGAGGGACGCCGCGACGGGCAAGAAGUCCAUCGAGCUCGCGGAGAUCUGCUUCCUGGACGAGUGGAACCCCGAGCCCGCCAUGGAGGACGUCGAAGAGGCGACGACGAUCCCGCGGUCAACCACUGGCAACAGCAGGUCGAGCCUGAAGAGCCCCGCGAACCGAGCAGGCAGCCCGAGCCUCGCCGCCCUCCUGCACGGUGGCACGGCGCGGCACCGCGACAGCUCCGGCAGCCCCGCCGCCAGCCGGCCCAACACUGCGCCCGAGCCCGCGGCGCACAGGCGCCGCUCCGGCGCCCCCGCGCGCCCGGCCACCGUGGAGGUCGGCGCGCGGCCAGCCUCGCAGGGCUCUCGGCGGCCGCGGGUGCGCAGGAAGCUCUCCGAGGCCAGCAUCCCGCUGGAGAUCCCGGCGUACCUGCAGAGGGUGGGCCUCGGCGCCGCCGCCGCGGAGGCGGGCCCCCCUCAGGACGCCCGGGACCUGCCGCGGUGCGCCACCGCGCCCAGCGGCCUGCUGGGCAGGCGUGCGAGGCCGCCCUGGGACGCGUGCGUGCAGAGCCCCACGGCCGGCCUGCGCGGCCGCGAGCGGUCGCCCGGCGCGGCGCUGAGGCUCGGAGGGCGCCGGCUGUGCCCUGCCGACGAGGCAGAGAAGUUGGCACGUCUUUUACUAUUAGACGUGGUGCCGGCCAGUUCCCAGAGUCACCAGCGAGACUCACACGGGGACGGCGCCAGGGGACAGUGGCAAGGCCACGGACAGAGUUCAGGUGCUCCGUGGUCAGGCGCCGAGGAUCACUCGUGGACGGGCUGGCAAGCACCACAGCCAGAGCACGAGUCGACGAGUGCCGGGACAUGGUCUGGUGGUGGCGCGGCUACGCCCGCCACCGAGGUUUCCCAGGGCAGGUCGGAGCAAUGGCAUCCGGGUGGCUGGAGCGCGACGAGGAGCACAUGGCACGAGCCAGACCGCAAGUCUGGCGAGCAGCAGUGGGCUUCUUCGCGAUCCACCUGGACUCCAGCUUCGACCUGGGAGAGCUAUGAGGACAGGGCUUGGGAAGACGAGUACCAUGGUGGGGGCGACUGGUCGUCGGGAUGGAGAUGGAGCGACAGCUACCAGGACAGCAAGUGGGAGCCCAAUAAGCGCUACUCCGGGUACGAUGGCGACCGCUCCAGCACGAACACCGGCAAGGAUUUCGCCGACCCCGAGAAAUGGAGAGGCUGGGGGGACUACCGUAUGUGGCGCCGCACAGUGCUGCGCUGGAGGACACUGACGGACGUUCCCUCUCACAAGCAAGCCGAUCGCCUCUUCCGCUCUCUCGAUCAAGAUCUUCAACGGAAACUCGAGGACCUCGACGACGACAUGUUGUGUAGCUCGUGGGGUUUUGCCGCCAUCAUCAAACGCCUUGACUUGAUGUCUGGUGAAAGACACGGUGACGAGCGACGGAAGGUCGCUCGAGAGUGCUUACUGGAUCACUCACGCAAGCAGGGAGAGAAUCUUACUGAAUAUUGCGCGCGCGUGGACACGGCCUUCGACAGGGUGGCUACUCAGGGGCUGCCGCUUCCAGAUGCGUGGAAACUGAUGUUCUUGGAGGAAGGAGUUUCUCUCGACGAGCGCUCGGCACAGGUGGUCAAGGUGCUCAUGAAGGACCAGAAGGACUACAAGUCAGCUCUCUCGGCCAUUCGGGAGAUGGACAUCUCGCAUCGAGAGCAUCUCAAAGCACGGAGGACCUACGCCACGGUGCCUACCUAUCAGGUCGACCAUGACGAUGAGUCUUUGCUCGACUACUCGGAUGUCUCUUCCAUGAACUCGGACGGGGAAGCAGAGGUCUGGGCGAUCCUGGAGUCGGCCGACGUCGGGGAGGACGACGCGCCGGCAGCGCUGGCCGCCAUCAACCAGGAGCGCCGCAAGACGUGGAAGCAGAACCGCGACUUGAAGAGACAGCUGAAGACCGACCGGAAGUUCCACGAUAGGUCUGGACAGAGCCGUGGCAGCGAUGGGCGCGAGAAGGUUCGCAGGCCCGGCCACAGGGCGGCAGACGGCGCGGAAGAGCCGCCUUCCGCUUGCAUGCUGAAUUGUCCCGGGGCCACGGUGGUCGAUACAGCGGCCGGUCAGGGCCUUGUAGGAGAGCAGGCUCUGCAGCAGAUCGAGGGGCAACUCAGGCUCCAGGACCGGUCCAUCAAGGGAUCUGGAGUCGAGCGGCACCUCCGACUCCGCGCUGAGCAGCACGUGUACUUCGGGACUCGCCAGGGCUUUGAGCUCCAGGUCGAGACGUUUCAGAACCAGGGGAGGGUCGACAGCGCGGGGUUGGAGGUGGCCGACGUGGGCCACGAUGCCAGCCUCAACUUCAUCCACCUUCCUCGCAGCACUUGGGAACGGCCGCGCACGAUGACGGACCGCAUGCAGAGCCAGACGGACUCGGCAUGGGUCUACGGGGCCACCGGGACCGACGUCCCGGAGAACCUCAACAAGGGCGAGAAGGGAUGGGCCUGCUUGGCCGGGUGGGCGCCAUAUUGGUCGGCGCGUCUGGCCGAAGGGUUCGGGGGCAUGUGCCGCGCCAAGCGCUUCUGGCCGACCAACCUGCCCAAGCCUCUUCGUCGCCUCUCGGAGAUGUACGGGACGUGCUGGCACCCACCGACGCUCGUGAGCUACGGAGCCAACUCGUGGGGGAAGUGGUUCGUAUGCGGCGCGCGCACGAUGAGGGUCGGAUACUGGGAGCUGAGGCCGACAAAAGGGACCGUGAAAGAGGAGAAGAUGUGCCUGUGCAGAAAGAAGGACGCAGCGUGCACGCUUCGUGGGCAAGGCUGGGCUCAGGGCGCGACCGCCGACCCACAGUGGCAGGCUCUGGCCUGCGUGCCCAAGCCACCUCCUGGGGCCGAGAGGGCUCCGUUACCUCUUCACCCGGGCAUGAUGGCCGGAGGUCUGGCGAGCGGCUCAUUCCUGGCGGCUCGGCAGCCGGGAUAUCAGCGAGCGGCGGAGGACGCGGCGAAGGUCACCGAGGCUCUGCAGAAGGACCAGGAGAUGCGCGAGUACCAGGCCAAGACCGAGAGGGACGUAAAGAGCAUGGUCGAGAGCCAGUUCCAGGAGGCCAGCCGAAUGAUUAGGGCCAUGGCGCAGGGCAGCCCGAGCAGCAAGGCGGACCAGGCCAAGGUCGCAGCCGCUGCAGUCGACUCGUCACCAGCGCUGGGAGGCCACCCGACGCACGGUCCUCCGGUCGAGCAGAAGACGGACGCAGUGACUCCUCGCAGCCCGGACCGCCUCUUCACGGCGGACGAGAUGCCGAUCGGUUCCACAGGGGCGCUGACCACGGAGGCCAGCCUUUCACUCCCGGGCACGGACCUGGCGGCCCCGCCAACGGCAGCAGUCGGUCCGCACGGCAAGGGCAACAACAAGGGCAAGAGUACUCCCUCACGCAGGCAGGAGCACGGGGAUCCGUGGACUCCGGGCCCGGAGGAGAAGGGCGCCGAGAAGCGGCGCCGGGAGCACCACGAGUGGAAGGAGGCCGGGUGGAAGACCUACCACAACGGCCGCUGGACGUGA